AGGGGGAAUGGGCGAUGCCUUGUGGUGGGUUAAUUGGAGCAAGAACUGAAGUGUCGGAGAAGGAGCUGAAGGAUAAAUAAAGACCACUGGUGGUCCAAAUCCUUUCUUUUUCCCUCUUGCUCUCGCCUUUUCCUUCCUCCUCUCUCCAACCUUUCAGCUUGCCAGCUAUUUUCUUCCCAUUAAACACACAUUGACUAAACUCCAAUUGUGAGAUAUACUGACUUACCCAAUUGCCCCUUACCCAAUUGCCCCAUCAUGGCUACCAAGAUCCGACUUAUCCCCAACCUAAACUACAAGAGGUCGGGCACAAAGUCCUACGUGCACCUCUUGCGCAAGUACCGCUUCAAUACAACCAAAGAAGGCCCUUACUUCUUCGCUCCUACCCUUCACCAGGUUGGUCGGGUGUACCAUGACAAGCCUAUCGGUGGCAAGGCACAUGUGCGGCGGGCGCUGAAGAAGCGCACGGUGGGCACUGACCAGGUCGGUGAAGUUAGUGCCGAGGACGUGCAGAACGAUUCAGAGUACCUGGCUCAAGUGAGCAUUGGUACACCUGGGCAGACUGUGAGUCUGGACUUUGACACCGGCUCAGCGGACUUGUGGGUCUGGUCCACUAAGCUCCCCUCUGCCACCAUUUCCGAGUAUGGCAAGAGCCACAACGUCUUCGACCCGUCCAAGUCGAGCACUUUCAAAGAGGAGGAUGGUUACACGUGGCAGAUCUCGUACGGCGACGGCUCCUCUGCGUCGGGUACGGUCGGCACCGACAACGUGGACAUCGGCGGCAUCACCAUCAAGAACCAAGCCGUCGAGCUGGCCGAGAAGAUGUCGACCGAGUUCGCCCAGGGUGCCGGUGACGGACUGCUGGGGUUGGCGUUUGGCAGCAUCAACACCGUCCAGCCCAAGGCCGUCAAGACGCCCGUCGAGAACAUGAUCGCCCAGGAUGACAUUCCGGACUCGUCUGCUCUGUUCACGGCCAAGCUGGGCUCGUGGCGGGAUGCCAACGAGCCCGACAAGGGCGAGUCCUUCUAUACAUUCGGGUUCAUCGACGAUGCCACCGUGCAAUCGUCCGGGCAGGAGAUCUCCUACACGUCUAUCGACAACAGCGAAGGGUUCUGGAUGUUUGAGUCUACUUCCGCCACGGUCAAUGGAAAGACGAUCACGCGCUCCGGAAACAAGGCGAUCGCUGACACUGGCACAACGCUGGCGCUGGUGGACGAUGAAACCUGCCAGGCUAUUUACGAUGCUAUCCCGGGCGCGUACUAUGACAACGAGACCCAAGGUUAUAUCUAUCCCUCCGAUACCACAGAGGACAACCUUCCCGUUGUUUCGUUUGCUGUCGGCGACAAGCAGUUCGUCGUGCAGAAGGAGGAUCUCGGUUUCGCCGAAGCCAAGACUGGAUAUGUCUAUGGUGGAAUCCAGAGCCGUGGCGAUAUGACCUUUGACAUCCUGGGAGACACCUUCUUGAAGGGUAUCUAUGCCGUCUUCGAUGUCGGCAACCUUCGCUUCGGAGCUGUCCAACGCAAGGAGCUGCAGCAGAACCUUUCCGUGCCCUCUGAGUAAUCUUAUUCGACAGAAAGUAUGGGUAUUUCAAUGAUAUCAUGUAUGAGAAGCUUAUGUAUAAUGAGAAAUUGAUUUCAGUGAUAAUUAUCGGCAAUGAG